AUGAAUCUUCUCCAAAGGAGUCUGAUUCUUCUUAUUGGUCUCCUGCUGGUUGUGAACUACGCAAGAGCUGAAUGUGAAGAAAAAGAAGAAGAAUAUCCAUCUAGAUACCCAAUUGCUUAUUUUGAAUGGGAAAAUGUAAAGAUUCCAAUGACGAUUUGUUUAUGGUUAAUUGGUGCAUCCAUUGCUAAAAUUAUAUUUAAUCUGAUUCCACAUCUCAAUGAACUCUUCCCCGACUCUGCUCUUCUUAUUAUGAUCGGUUUGAUCAUUGGAAUUAUUUUCAAAUUGGCGGGAGUUAACAAGAAUGCAUUCUUUUUGGAAAGUGAAGUUUUCAUGCUUUAUCUUCUUCCUCCGCUAGUUUUCGAUGCUGGAUACUUCAUGCCUGCUCGACAAUUCUUCGAUAAUUUUGGAUCGAUUCUCUGCUUUGCUAUGCUGGGAACCACAUUCAACAUCGUAGCUAUUGCUCUCUCCCUUUGGGCCAUUGGUCUGACUGGAUUAUUCUCAGUUGAAACUCCACUUAUUCAUAUGCUUCUCUUCGGUUCGGUCGCUGCAGACGUCGAUCCAGUGGCUGUAAUCGUCAUUUUCGAAGAACUCAAAGUCAACGAAGUACUUUUCAUUGCUGUGUUCGGAGAGUCUCUUUUGAAUGAUGGAGUUGCUGUCGUACUGUAUCGAAUGUUCUUGACAUUCUCAGAAAUCGGAACAGAGAAUUUGAUAACUUCUGACUACAUCAAUGGAGGAGUUUCAUUCCUUGUUGUUGCUUUUGGAGGAAUUGGAAUUGGUCUUCUUUUUGCUUUUUUGGCAAGUCUUCUCACAAAAUAUGCUCGUGGUGACGAAAUCAAAGUGCUCAAUUCCGUCUUUAUUCUCAUCCUACCAUACACUUGCUAUCUUUGUGGAGAACUCUUCGGACUCUCCAGUAUUAUGGCAAUCGUGUUUUGUGGUGCCGCAAUGCGUCAAUACUGUCGUGAGAACGUCGACCCAGACACUGUCAGAUCGACUGAGUCAUUCAUCAAAGUGCUUUCUCUUGCUUCCGAAACUGUCAUUUUCGUGUUCCUCGGUCUUUCAACAGUAUCAUCAAACCAUCAUUGGGAUACUUCAUUCAUCGUUCUCACAGUGGUCUUUUGUCUGAUCUACCGUACUCUUGGAGUUGUUGUCAUGUGUUAUUUCUUGAAUAAGUACCGUUUGAAUAAGUAUACCAAGGUUGAUCAAUUCAUUAUGGCUUAUGGAGGUCUCCGUGGUGCUAUUGCUUACGGUCUCGUUGUUGCUAUUCCUGAGUUUAUUCCGGCAAAGAACAUGUUUGUGACAAGUUGUAUCAUUGUCAUUUACUUCACUGUGUUCCUUCAGCUUAUUGAUACGACUAUGGCUGGAAUGGAAGAUAUUGCUGGAUUCAAGGGACAUCACUGGAUUCGUGAUUCGUGGAAUACAUUGAACAAUAACUACUUGAGACCAAUAUUAGUUAACAAGAGCAAUAUGAGAGAAAUGGAUAAGACGAAAUUGGUCAGAAAGUAUAAGCAUUUGGUUGAUGAGGAUGCGAAGAAGAUUGCUCGAGGUGACUAUAAUAGUAAUCUUGUUUUCACAAGAGCCCUUAUCGAACAUACGAGAAGCAGAACGAAUACAGUUAUUGAAGGAGUGAGUCCAACUGGAAAAAUUGACUUUGGGAAGCACAUGAAGGAGCAACAUGGAAUCACACUUUAUGAUGAACAUGAUAAUGUUCCAGUGUCAACUUCUAACAUUUUCCAAGAAACUUCAGAAAUUGAAUACUCUACUAGAACUGAACAAAUUGAGACUGUUGGAGUUCAAAACGAUGGUUAUGAAUCAGACGAAUCGAGUCACUUCCAUGAAAGAGUAUAG